CAUGACGAUGCUUCUUAAAAAAGCAUAAAAUUCUACCCUAGGUCCCUAACGGUACCCAUUCUUACGCAUAAAAUCAUUAUUUAAUAUAUAUAUAUAUAUAUAUCCCUUUUACUUGAAAUAAGCCAAAUAACUAGCUGACGAAUCAUAGCACAAUCCUUAUCCUUCUCAAAUACAAAAAUAGAAAAAUUAAAAAAAUAAAAUAAAGUUCAUAUCAAUCUCUAACGCUGACGUGGAUAAAAUCUCAAAAUAAAAACCAAAAAUCUAAAUUCCAAACAAUCACUAUAUAUAUAUAUAUAUCCAACCACACGAGAACGACGACUAGCUAGCUCCACACAAAGAAAAGAAAAGAAAAGAAAAGAAAAGAAAAGAUGGAGGAAAGAUCUGGACCGUUGAUCAUCGUAGCAAUGAAGGGUCAUCCAGGCACAGGCAAGAGCACCCUAGCUCGCUCCAUCGCCGCCUCUCUCCAUUGCCCUCUUCUCGACAAAGACGACGUUCGCGACGCCACUCUCCCUCUCGAGCUCCACCACCCAAUCUCCAUCCCCCUCCUCAACGAUCUCUCCUACUCCACCCUCUGGAACCUCGCCAACACCCAGCUCCUCCUCCGAAUCUCCCUCGUCAUCGACUCCCCUCUCUCUCGCCGAUCCCACCUCGAUCGCCUCCUUGAUCUCUCCCGCCGCCACUCCGCUCGCCUCAUCGUCGUUGAGUGCGUCGCCGGCGAUAUCGCUGAGUGGAAGCGCAGGAUCGAAACUAGGGUUGGGGAUAGCUGGCAUAAACCGAGGUCUUGGGAGGAGCUUCAGAGGUUGCUGCAAGGCUAUGGUGGCUGCACCGAUUAUGAUAUGGAUGGUGCUGAUGUUGAGAAGAUCGUCGUUGAUACAACCACCGGCGCCGAUGCCUCCGGCGCCGCCCUCGCCGCCGUCCUUCGGUUCAUCGGCUCUGCUCCUUCUCAGCAUGAGAAGAAGAUGGACUCUUCACACUGAGUAAAACUAGUUCUUUAUUUUUUUUUUCUUUAUUUGUUUUUUUUAAAAAAAGUAAAACUGGUUUUGGUUUUC